GGAAGCGCGCAUAAAGCACAGUAAACAUGUCCGACCUGCUCCUGCUCGUCGGAGUUUUCGCCGGCGUUUUUAUUUUAAUCCAGAAAAUGGUUUCAGGAAAGAGAUGUAAGAGUAAAGCAAAGCUGCACGGUAAAACGGUCAUCAUUACCGGCAGUAACACAGGGAUUGGAAGAGAAACAGCUGUAGAUUUGGCCCGGAGAGGAGCUCGUGUUAUUCUGGCAUGUCGCAGUAUAGUACGUGCUGAAGCAGCUCUGGCUAUCGUGAAAAGAGAGAGCCAAAGCAACAAUGUGGUGGUCAUGCAACUGGAUCUGGCCAGUCAGAAGUCUGUUCGCUCUUUUGCUGAAACUUUCCUCAAAACUGAGAAAAGGCUGGACAUUCUUAUCAACAAUGCAGGAGUUUAUAUGCAUGGCACUACAGAGGACGGUCUUGGGUUGAUGUUUGGAGUCAAUCAUAUCGGUCACUUCCUCCUGACCAAUCUCUUACUAGACAGACUCCAAGAGUGCGGGCCGAGCAGAAUUGUUACUGUAUCAUCAAUGUGUCAUAAUUUUGGGAACCUUGACUUUAACCUCCUUAGCACUCACAAGGAAUUUGGAAAAGGCAACUCUAUCAUUGAUGGCUUCAGGAUAUACAGCAACAGUAAGCUGUGCAACGUGCUGUUCACACAUGAGCUUGCAAAGAGGCUUCAAGGAACUCCGGUCACCUGUUACAGCCUCCACCCAGGUGCUAUCAAUUCUGAGUUGGCUCGCAAUCUUCAGCCAGGGUUCAAGAAAGUGUUGAAGUUCAUAGGAGCCCUGUUCUUCAAAGAUGUGGAGGCAGGCGCCCAGACCACUCUAUACUGUGCACUGCAGGAGGGCAUUGAAGGCCUGAGUGGGCAGUAUUUCUCCAACUGUGAAGUAAAGAAUGUUUCAGCCAAGGCUCAGGAUGAUGCAGUGGCGAAGAAACUCUGGGAAGUGAGCGAGAAGUUUUGCGGCCUGGCCUGAGAGAAACUCUGGACUUUAUCGUCAAAUAGAUUGUGAUCUAAUGGUUCAGAGACUUUCAUAAAUUCUGUGUGGAGUACUAGAUCCAGGAACCAAAUCUACUGUUUUGGGGCAGAUUAUCAUAUUUUUGGGAUGUUCUAAAUUUUGUGUGUGUGUGUGGGGGGGGUUUCAGCACCAGCAUAUUAAAAAGAAGAAACCUGAAUGUGA